CCUACUUCUUCUCCCACAAGUCCCAUCUCUCAAGGAUCCUCCUCCAACCCCUCUACGACACUAUCAAGCGCAUGCAACAAUCCAAUAUCCCUUUAGCCGCCCUCUUUGUUCUUCGACGUAAUGAUCGCUUAGUCCUUAAAUUUUCCCCUCCAGGGAAUGACAUGCCAUUGGUUCGUACCAUGGCAUUGAAUGAAACGGUGAAGGAGGAUGUCGGCCGAAUCAAUUUGGAGACCUUUGUUUCAAUUGAAUCAGAAGUGUUUCGACACAUGGUGGCUGAGUUUCGUGGAUACAUAGUUUGUGUUCUUCCAACACCUUCAAGUGUCAUGUUCUCUAUUGAGGUUAAGGAGUUGAUUCUUGAUAAAGCGAAAGGAGAAUGCAUAAUUGAAGGAGUAGCGGAAGAGGUGCAAACUGAAUUCCUAAUCCCUUUGUAUCCAUGGCAUAUAUUUUAUAAUAUGACGUUUCAUUCGAAGAGGAUAUGGUUGUUCAAGACAUUUGAUAAGAGUACUUUGAUCAUUGCCCCUGUUGGACUCUACGCACAAUAUUCCAUCUUUUUUCCUCUUGGGUGAAAUAUAGGCAUGUAAUUCAUUGUAACUUGACCGAAUGAGAA